UCACAGACCGCUCCAGGAAGUGGGUUACCAGAGACCAGGUGACCGGCGUUGCCUCCAAUCAGACUCAACCAGCAGCAGAGCUCCUCAACAGCUCCUUUGUUUGACGAGUAAAAUACAUGGAUCCACAAAACUUCCGUGACUAAUACUAAGAUCUUUUGCGGGUCAUAUAAAUCUGGGAGGAAGUGUAAACCAUGUCAGGAAAUCUUGCCCCUCACUCAAGACAUGUGUUUUCCUCACUGUGGCUCUGUGCAGCCGUCCUGUUGUUUAUCAUGUGUUCGGAUGCUGCGAGAGCUUCAGCCAGUCCCAUAUCAACCCAAGCAAAUAGUGGAGUGAGGCCGAACAUCCUGAGCUCACUGUUUCCUCCAAGCAACCCACACCACCCCCUCUCCACUGGUCGACUGCCACCUGAACCUGGAACUAAUAGUGGAACUGAGAUGAGCAGGAAAUCUGGAGAAGCUUUGUCAAUCACCAACCAUCAAUCAAACCCUCCGUGGUUUACAGGAGGCGUCUUUAGUUACAAUCCAAACAGCCCGGACUGGAGACAACACAGCCGAGGAGGAAUAAUCAGAGCUCAGAGGGGUCACAGUUCAGGUGGAGCGAGGCCGGCGAGCGAGAGUUUCAUCAGUCACCCUGAGCAGGGAGGACAGAGCGCGGAGAGACCACAAUCCAGAUUACAUUACCAACCGCUCUCUCAGAAAGUAACACAAAGUGGAAAUUCAAACCCAACAAUUGUUAGAGUAUCAUCUCAAAAUCAAAUGUGGGAUCCAAGAGAUGCUCAGAAAUCUUACAAUGAAGAAAAAGUUCCUAGAAACGAUAAAAUAUCUUGGGUAUCACAGCCUGGUGAAUACUGGAGUAAUUCACCAUCAACUCUGAGAGCUCAUCACGGCGGCGAUAAAGAGAUGGAUCAGCUUUCUGCGGUUAGAGUGCAGAGCACAUCUAACAGGAUUCAAUCUAGUAAAUUUUUUGGCUCUGCAAGUCAAACCGCCUCUCGUGCACCAUCAACCAGUGCAGCCUUGGACACAUCUGCUUUUCGAAUAAACCCCAGGUCAGAAAAAGUGGCCCAGACACUGUCCGUCACAGAUUUCUCCAUGAAGCUGAACUCGAUGACAACUGGUGAGACGUCAAGACCCAAAAUGGUGCAGUCAUAUCUCUUCAAGGACUCCCAGGCCUCAUCUAUGGUAAGAGGUGAUGAGCAACAAGCCAUGGCAACAAUGCCACAGAAGCAGAUGGCUUCCGACGCUCAAAUUCACAGCAGAUUUGCUUCGACUUUUGAAAAAUUACUCAGAAACGAUGCGAUAAAGGAAAAUGAUGCCAAUCCGCUGAAUCUCAACAAGAACAUGGGUCAGUAUGGAGCUCAGAUGGACAAUUUUAAGACAUAUCAACCUGUCUCCAGCACGUAUCCUCCUGCUCAACCCCCUCUGCAUCCUGCUUCAGGCAAAGGAAGGACUCUGGAGAGGUUUAUCCCUGCUCCUCUUGCUAUUUCCCAGGAUAACUAUGCCACAAGCAGAGAGAAAUAUCCGGCAGGACGCUCAGUAUCAACUGCAAGAGGGUCUGCACAUGGUUACAAACCAGAUAGAUCCACAAAAAGCAUCUAUGGCUUGAGCGGGUUUGAAAAUUGGAGGUCCAACUCUGGGAAAUACAGCUUCAACAAAGUAAGGAUCCAAGCCACAACUGUUUCUCCUCCAAGGCUGUUCACAUCAGGUCGUAAAGACGUCCAACCUCUGCUGCCUGAAAGCGACGCCAGUACGGACGUGGACCCAAAUCCCACCUGGAUCACAAGCAAAAUUAUGUCUGGUUUUGACGCUCGACCACUUGAGGGAGCCAAACCUCCAGUUAGAGAACAAGACAGGCCCGCCACACACUGGCCAGGUGUUAAUGUUGUGAGCUCGCAGACCUGGCAACCAAAAAGCAGCAGAAGUAACACAUGGAAGAAUAAUAAAGAGGAUUUUGAGGCAGAGAACCACAGCAUAUCAACACAAAGGCAAAAAGAAAAGAGCAGCGAAGAUUUUAAACAAAAGUCUGAGCACAGCAGAUUUACACCAGAAAAAUAUAAAAAGAAACACAGCAUCUACACUUUUAUGGGGUUUCAGUCCCUUCAAGACAGAAUUGGAAGCCCACACUGGAAUUACACAACUGUGGCACGACCAACUGGCAUAGUUUCCUCAUCUUAUCUCCGAUCAGCUGCAGGCCUCCACCUUGAAUCCAGCCCAACGACACAGCCAACAACACACAAAACCAAACCUGUUACGAUGAGGGCGAGGCAGUUCCACAAAUCCCCCAGCAGCACGGUGAUCGGGGAACAUGUGCGAGCAGAAACCAAUAAGAGUGGAUCGUUUCCCACCAAUGCAGCUAUUGUCAGGCUGCCCAAGCUUCCCGUAAAGGUCGCUGUCACGUUCGCUGAUAUUCUUGGAAGUGCUUCAUUCAAAGGUGUCAGAGCUACAACACAGACGCUGAUGACACAAGCUGAUAAAAAGGAUUAUUUUCCAAAGACCAUGCAGGAAGAAGGGCGGGGUUCAUGGACCUCUGACGACGGAGUGCAGAGCAGGACAAGAGGCGCCAAAGAUGAGGUGGAAGAUUUCAGCAGAAAUGAGGAAAAUGCGAUGAAAACAUUUGAUGCUUUCCUGGAUAACGAAGGAAGUGGAAGCGGGGCCUUUAAUGUGUCUGAUGUUUUGUCAGCUGACAGCCCACAGAGUCAGGGCCUCAGUGAAGAUCUGCUGGAGUUAGAUUAUCUACGAACAGCGACAGGGAACAUCUCCUUCAAGUCGGUGAAACUGUUCCAACCUGAGAAAUGAUGGAAAAGUGUUCAAAAGUUCUAAUAAAAGCUGGAAAUGUCACUGAGAUUUGG